AUGGACAAGCCCCUGCCCCGGGAGUUUUUCAGGAAGGAAGUGGUGGAGCUCACCUAGGCCCUGAUCGGAAAGGUGCUGGUGUCGGACCUGGAUGGAAAGCUGGUCAAGGCCAGGAUUGUCGAGGCAGAGGCCUACAAAGCGCCCCUGGACAAGGCCUGCCACGCCUACAAUAACAAAAAGACCGAGAAGACAAAAUACUUCUGGCUGGACGGCGGCCACUUCUACAUCUACACCAUCUACAUGCCCCAGAACGUCUGCCUGAACAUCACCGCGGGGCAGGAGGGCGAGCCCGAGGCUGUUCUAAUCCGAGCAGUUGAGCCAAUCGAAGGGAUGCCCCAUGUCAUGGCGCGGCGGUAAAUCAAAUCAAAAAAGGUGGAGGACUUGACCAACGGGCCUGGCAAGGUGGGCCAGGCCCUCGGCGUGGCCAAGGACGAGAUGAACGGCUACGACCUCACGCAGGGCAAGAAAUGCUGGUGCGACAAGAAGGUCGGCAGCCUGCUCUACGCAGUUGCCACGCGGGCCACUGUCAACCUGGAAAAAUACCAGGAAAUGCUGGGCGAGAUGGUGGGCAAGGGUCAGAUCACCCACGCCUCGCAGCUGGACUACAGCCUCCACUUCCUCAAAGAUCUGGAAACCAAGAACCAACCAUUCUGCAUGGAGGCUUUCAACAAAUCAUGCGGGAUCGGGGUCACCCUCACCCGCGAAGAAGUGGCAGCCCACAUAAGAACAUCCCUCGAGGGCUAG